UUAUUGAAAGUUUAUUCAUUUUUUGUAGGAAUUUUUUUCUGAAACAAUUUUCUCAUCAGUUAUGUUGUAAUAUAAUAUAUUUUCAUUGUUUAGUCUUUUACUGAAGCAAUUUGGAACGUAAACACUAAUUAUAAUACAACUGAAAUGUUUAAUUUCCGCUGACACGCUGUGUCGUGUUAAAAUGUGUCGACUCUGCCAGAUGUUGUUCAAACUUUAGAUUUGGUACCUACAUACUUUAUCAUACUUAAAAUAAACAUUAUGGAUGUGAAACCAUAUACAAGUAAGGCAUUAAUUACUGCAGAAGAAGAAUCAUAUUAUGUAAAAGAAGAACUAGAUGUAAAAGAAACAUUUGUAAAGCGAGUUAAACGCCGAGGGCGCCCAAAACUCGUAUCUCAACAAACACUGUUCUGCCCUCCGUUUAUGGUCAGAUGUGACAACGAUCGACCACAUUUCAAUUACCGUACAGUAUGGGCAUGUAGAAUUUGCACCAAAAUAUUAUUGAGUAAAGCUGCCGCUAUAAGCCAUGCUGCUAUAUGUAAGCUAGCCAUUACAAAAGAAGAAGAUAUUCCAAUUGCAGAUUUGAAUGAUAUGGAAAAAAAUAUGUGUUAUCCGUGCAAAUAUUGUGAUAAAAAAAUGCGGAGAAAAGUGAUCUGGCUAAAGCAUUUGAACGAACAUGAGACACCAGAUUAUGAUGAAAAUAAUUGGGGUGUUGAUGAUAUACUGAUAAAAAAUUUGAAACGGCCAGACAAAGUUGUCUCAAAACAAAUGAAACAGGAACCAGACUUUAAUCCUUCCACUUUAUAUUAUUAAUAACGAUGAAUGCACUGAUUGUAUAAUGAGUGUCCUUUUUUUGGAUCUAUACACUUUUAAGUAAAAACAAUGUUUUGAUUUUUAACUUUAAGUAGUAUAUUUAAAAAUGUAAUUUAAGAAAUAUAUUACAAUAUUAGAUUCUGAGUGGAA